AUGUUUUUUACACAUGUGAGAUUUAUAGGCAAGCUAGCGAGAAACAAACUUAACAAGAGGAGAAGCUGGAUCAAGCGGAAUAAAAAAUGGAUGCUACCUAGGGUUGAGAAAUCGUACCUGAAACAGGAGCAAGACUUCAUCGUGCGGUAUAAAACCGUGCCGCAGGGGGGGGGGUCCCAUGCACGGCUAGAAGCGGGGCGAGGUGAAGUAAAACAUGAAGAAGCGAAACCUGGGGAAGGACCCACUGACUAUAGACGCAUCCUAGAGGAGACAACCCGAAAAGAAAAGAAGCAUUUAAAACCCCAUGAGUAUAAGAAGCUGCUGAAGCGGAAGGAUGGUAGUGGGCGCAUCCCCAACGAUGACAAGCUACAGCUAAAGCACCUCCUGCGUAGCGGCAAGGAUGGGGGAACACACAAGGGGAUACAGAUAGACAUAAAAGACUACAAAGAUGACGAGAAGGAAAGGAAGAAAAACGAAAUGAACACAUUUUGGUACAUGCCAAGUCCAUUUGAAAAAAAAGGAGUCUAUGGAAUGAAAGAAAAUUCUUUUUACAAAUCUUUUAUGAGAGAUAGGGAGAGACAGCUGGACCACAUCGACACGAGAAAGUUAAACGAAAGUGAACAAAAACUACUCCAUGAAAUGCGCAAAAGGGGGAACAAUGUUAGCGACAAACUGCUCGACGAGAGUGUGACUUCCCUUGAUGGGAACCAAAAAAGAGAAAGAAAAAUCCGGAUUAGUCCAAAAAAAUAUUGGUUUCACGAUACGUAUCGUUCCCCAGCUAUCCCCACCUUGAGCACGGUAAAAGCGAGGGAAUUGAGAUUCCUAAUGAUGAACGAAGCCAAGCUAGUUAGGAAGGGCAAAUCCGUGGACGUGGAAUUAUGGCUAGCUUUUAUGAACCGAGUUCUGAAUCUAUCCAGCAAGGUACACGUACGGAGCCUGCUUCGAUACUUACAAACCAUUGCAUCUGUCAAGGUGAACAAUAAAAAAAUGAUAAGCGAUAUCCUGUGUGAAAUUUUCAAACGAGAAAAUCUCAUGAAGCCAAAGCAUUAUGUCUAUCUUUUUCAAGCAUGCUCUAGAUUAAAAUGGUCCCACUUCCAAUUAAUCUAUGCCCUAAAAAAUAUGACGUUGUGUUGGCCCAUCCUCAGGAAUAACUUCCUUGUCAAGUCAGCCAACUCGAUAAGUAAGCUAGGGUUGGCAAAGAGUGUGUACAGUAAGUGCUUGCAAAUUACGCUUUGUGAACGGCUAGCCAAUUUUUCAGGGAAGAAUUUGAAGGCCAUCAAGGCUAUUACCUUUUUGGAACUCUUCACUGAGGAGAUGAUUUUGAAGUUCAUUUCUCUUGCUAGUUUUUACAAAGAACAUUUUAACUACUACACGCGGCACCUGCAGGUGCUGCACCUGUACGUUACUCUAUUCUGCCCGUCCUUGUGCGACAGACUGACGGCGGAGCAGCGGGUCUUCCUGUGGCGCUACUCGCGCGGCGCCAACUGGAAGGAGAUCCGUAGUAAGGGCAGCCGUGAGUAUAGCAGUGGUGAAGAGAGCGAUGAGUGCGGCAGUGAUGAGGACAGCGAUGAUUGCAGCAGUGAUGAAGAGAGUGACCGGUUAAGCAGCGAUGAGGAAAGCGAUGAUUGCAGCAGUGGUGAAGAGAGAGACGAACCAUUGAGCAACCCGGGCCACCCGCCUAGCCAAACGUCCUCUCAUCAUGGCUCCAAAAUAGGCGACAAAAUACGCGGAGGGUUCACCAGCAUGUUACACAAACAAAUCAGUGACAUCCUCACGCUGCUAAAAAUCGAGCACUUGAAUUCGGUUGCCUGUGGACCUUUCAUAGUGGACAUAUAUCACCCCCAGUCAAAUUAUAUUAUCGAGGUAAAUGCCCCCUUCCAAUAUUAUCUGAAUUGUGAGAAACUAACAGCCUUGGCAGAAUGGAGGCACAAGUUUCUGGCCCACAUGGGGUUUAGGCUCAUUCACAUUUCGCACAAGGUGUGGAACAGCCUGCCCACUGAGAGGCAGAAAGUGGAUUACCUGUCACGCGUUUUGCCGGCGGGGAUGUUCAGGCGGGGGUCCCCCGGUGAGAAGCAGCUCAGUGAGGAGUACCCCAGUGAGGAGUUCACCUACGAUGAAUUCCCCUGUGAGGAGCUUCCUUGCGAUGAAUUCCCCUGUGAGGAGCUUCCCAGUUAG